UAUAAAUGUACCUCAGAGCCUUCAACUUGUGCUCAUACAGGACCUACGUACACUAAAUUUCGUUGUCCUUCGAAUGGUUCAUUCUCUCCUCACCUCCUCCCAUCUCCUUUAGCUCCAAGUUUCCAAGAUGAUCUUGGCUUUGUAAAAAGUAUGUACCUAGCCGCUAUUAGAAAACCUUCACCCUUGGUUUUCUCUCACCCUUGGUUUUCUCUCAUAGCCUCUAUCUGUUUGAAGAUGAACCUGAUAAGGUUUAUUGGUGGGUCGAGUAAAGAAAUAGGCCCUGGGGAACCUUUUGAUGAUGGCAGUCACUUGGGAGUUAUGGAGUUGGUGAUACGUUAUACAUCGUGGCUAGACUUCAUUCAAAUCAAAUACGAUGAUGGCAAUGGGAUCUCAUCUUGGUCGGAGAGGCGUGGUUGCCAUAAUGCUCACUGCCCUGGUGGUGAAGUUACCAAGAUAAAACUUGAUUAUCCAGACGAAGUUCUAACUGGAGUUUCCGGAUAUAUUGACACUCCAUGGUCCUUCUUUCCCGAGUUGACCCUUACUCGCUCAAUUACUUUCAAAAGCAACAAAAGAAUAUACGGGCCUUUUGGAGCUGAAACAGGAAAGCACUUUUCAUUGGCUGAGACUGGAACCAUGAUUGUUGGGUUUUAUGGCUGGUCAGAACCUAAGCAUUGUAUUCGUUCUGGUAUUCGUAAAAUAGGACUUUGGAUUGAGACUUUUAAUUCUUAUGAGAUCAGUCCAUCAAAGGAUCUGUUACCGGCUGGGUAUUUCUUGCAGAGCAAGCUCAAGGAAGACGACGGCGACACCAAAAUUGUGAUCUCCGAUAACAAGGUCAUUGGAAACAAAGGCAAAGGCAAUGGAAAAUUUGUUGUCGGAAAAAGGACUACUAAGAAUAUUACUAAUCUACAUAUUCGGCUACUGUAAAAGUUGAACACCAGUAUUGUUUCCGGCUACCUGCCACAUUUACUCCGUAUGGAUAGUUGAUCUGACUCUAAUGGUUAGAUCAACAAAACAAGAAACUAUAGAUGCCAUGCAUACAAAAAGAGUUUCUCAAAGUUGCAUCACCAUCUGGAAAGUAUAGCAAAAAGAGCAAGCCAACUUUGGCCUGGGAUCGAAAGCUCUAUUAAACCUGUACACCAUUUGGAUAACUCUACUUAAUUAGCUUACACUAGUCUAA